AAUAGUCGUAAAAAGAGGUACAAUAAAAUAAAAACCACCAAAAAAAUACACAAAAAAUAUAAACUAAACAGCUUCUAUGUCUGGAAAACCAUAAAAAAAAAAUUAAAAAAAGUCGAUUUGCAAUUGAUAAGAAAAAUGGAAAUCAAUUCCUGAAAAUAAAUAUCCGAAUGUAUUACAAUGCAGCCUAUUAGUCUUUUAGUCAAUGGAUAUGAAGUUCAAACAAAAGUUGAGCUGGUAGUGGCCUGUGCAUAGAACAUAGAAUUAGGAAUUCGAAUGUAAUUUAAAAGGAUCUCUAUGGCAUAGAAUUAGACAUUUAGAAUGAACGGACCAGUGGCCUUCAGUGCGUAAAUUACGUGGGCAACACCUGUAUGGCAAUUGUGAUGUCAAACAGAACUAUUUAGCCCUCGAGAGGUCUCUUCGAACACGGCAAGCUGGGCAGCACCCUAGGUCCGUGUAUUUUGUGCAUCAAGAUGCACAUCUUCCGGAUUGCCAUUCCCUUCAGGAGGUUUUACUCCGAGGAACCCGAGCAUCGUAGACCCCCACCUAUCAAGCCCUCCCCCGACCGGAGGAUGGGGAUGGGUGAUUGUCUUAUCAUCGUUCCUCUAUAAUGUCCUGGUACUGGGAUACCACAACUCCUUCGGAGUGUAGCUCAUCAGUCUCAAUGAGUUUGGGGAGACAAGUUCCAAAACAGGCAAGUUACACUAAGCGUCACAUACCGUUAAUAACUGUUUUUCAGACUGAAAAAAUGCAACAUUACACUGUAAACUCAACUGUUAUAACUACACAUUACAACUAUUUUGUAUUACAAAAGUGAUUUUGUGAUCAUGAUAUGUGUAAAUGGUGAUAAACCUGUAAUAAACAAGUAGUUAUCAAACUGCAUGAAUGACCUACACAUGCUAUAGAGUAGAUACAUUGAAACCGGCUAGCUACCUAACCUUAUGACCCACUCUCUGCUGGCCUGUAGCAUGGGUUGGCUCCAUCAGCUACGGCUUCAUCAUGAUCUGUGGGCCCCUGUCUGGGAAGCUGUCAGUCAGGUACGGGGCCAGAGAGAUCUCCAUUCUAGGAUCCCUCAUCAUCAUGAUCUCCAUAGUGUACUCGUCCUAUGCAUCCAAUCUAGGAUCGCUGUUCUUCACACACAGCUUCCUCACUGGAGUGGGCUCCAGCUUUGCCUUCACCCCAGGUAUGAUCAUGGUGAGCCAGUACUUCACCUCCAAGCGUUCCCUGGCCACAGGGAUAGUGAUGUCAGGAGGAGCAGCAGGGGCCCUGGUCCAGACCCAGCUCCAUCUGUACCUCAUCGACACCCUGGGCUGGAGGCAGAGUCUCCAAGUGUUCUCAGGCCUCAUGAUUAUCUGUGUCAUCACCGGCUUCACCUAUCUGCCACUCAACCCCAAAGGUACUGCAGGACGUUCAGACCCACAACAGUUUUAAUUUCUUUAUUACAUUGCAGGUCCCCAUGUAAAAUGAUGAGCAUACAGUAAUGGGACCAUUUACCCCAUCAUGACUGAGCGCACCCUUGUGUACCCUUUCAAACAGAAAUGUGAUAUAUUCAAAAGCUACAGUAUGUGCUGCUGAUGGGCUAUGAGUGAUUUAAAUUCCAAAUGUGUUUGAAAAGUGUCACCAGAAGUGUGGUGGAUAAUUUGAAGAACUCUCCCUUGAAGAAGUUUGUUGUGGACCUUGGCCUGUGGAAAGACAGUCUUUCUGAUAUGGGUUGCAGCCAAUGGACUGUGUAAAUUUGGAUUCUUCAUUCCAUAUGUCCACUUGGUAAGUUACAUACUGAUGUAAACAACUGAAGGCUCAGUUGCAACAGUACGACAUUAUAGUUUGGAAACAUUCUGUAAUUUGACUCAUUCUUUACCCCAAAGAUGAGUGAAUGUAGUUUAGGUUAAAAAAGAGGGAAGGGAUGCUAUUGUGAUGUAACAAUCUGACAACAAAUACCCUUAGUACUACCUGUACAGGAUACAUUCAGUAAAUAGAUAGAUACCUGUAUGUGUGUGUUUUUGGUUUUACUGGGGACGAGAAGUCUUCACAACGAUAGUAAAACAAGGACAAUUCAGGGACAUUUUCCAGACUUAAUGGGGUAGGUUUAAGGUUAGGAUUAGGAGUUAGGGUUAGGUUAAGGGAAUAUAGGAUUUUGAAUGGCAAUCAAUUAUUUGGUCCCCACAAGGAUAUUAAAACAAACAUGUUUGUGUGUGCAUGUUUAAAUCCCAGUCCAAAGUGCCACUAACAUCAUGCUGUUCCUGGAUCAUCUUCAGAUGGAUCUGUGACUCAGAGAGAAUCAACAGGCUGUACUUUAACCAGGCCUCUGUCUUUGGUGUUGGUGGGUUGCCCUUACUCCUAUACCUCAGUCACUAUGACCGUUAGUAAAGCAAUACAACACAAGAGAGUGUGGCGAUUAUUGUCACGACUGUGCUCCAGUCAAAUGUACAAGGUGAAUGCUGCAGACCGUACACAACCUAAGACCGGUCUCCUCCUGUGUGUCCUCCUGCGGUGCCAGGUCUGCUGUACAUGUUGAUCCCACUGCUCAAAUCCUACGUCUCUCUGGCAGCCUUUGGCUUGUUCCUGGGGAUUGCUGAUGCUGGCAACUACGUCCUGCUCCCUGUCCUGACCUUUGACCUGAUGGGGGCAGAGAAAAUGCCCAUGGCCUGGGGGUUCAUGCUCACGGUGAACGCUGUCAGCUGCUUGGGGCCGCCCUUCGCUGGUAGGUUCACUGCAGCUGAUGUUAUUGUACCAAACCAAAUAAAAUGUUAUUCGUCACAUGCUUCGUAAACAACAGGUGUGGACUAACAGUGAAAUGCUUACUUAC